CCGCUAUCCCAGCAUUCCUAGGCCGAACUGCAGCAGAUUGACAAAGGAAAGGGGGAAAACACAAAGAGAGAAAACAACAGGGUGGGAUUUAGAAAACAAUACCAGCAAAAAGGGACCCUCAAGAUGCAGUUACGGCCUUAAGGUGGAAAUAUAAAACUGGAGGGGCACUAGGGGGCACCGGGUACACUUGAGAAAGUGUGUGAGAGAGAAAGCACCGAAGAGAGGAGAGCAGUGCCAAUGCAGCAACAGAAACGACAUCCUGAACUGGUGGAAGGAAGCCUUCCGGUGUUCGUGUUCCCCACAGAGCUCAUUUUUUAUGCCGAUGACCAGGCGUCUCACAAGCAAGUGCUGACUCUCUACAACCCCUAUGAGUUUGCCUUAAAAUUCAAAGUCUUGUGCACAGCGCCUAGUAAAUAUGCAGUGGUCGAUGCUACGGGUGCAGUUAAACCACAGUGCUGCGUUGAUAUAGUGAUCCGGCACCGUGAUGUGCGAGCCUGCCACUACGGCGUGAUGGACAAGUUCCGUCUCCAAGUGUCAGAACAGAGUCAAAGGAAGGCUCUUGGAAAGAAGGAGGUGAUCGCCACCUUGUUACCCUCCGCUCAGGAACAGCAACAGCAGAAACAGCAGGAUGAGGAAAAGAGAAUGAAGGAACAGCUAGCGGAAAGUGUCUUCUUUGAGCAGACCUCCCUCCAGCAAGCAUCAGAGAGCCGCUCUCAGUCUUCUGGGCCCAGCCUGCUCACCGUCUUCCUGGGUGCCGUGUGCGUAGCUGUUCUCAUGCUGCCAACGCUGGGUGACCUCGAGUCAGUAGUACCUGUCUACCUCCAUUUAAGUGUUAAUAAGAAACUAGUAGCUGCGUAUGUUUUAGGUCUUCUUACUAUGGUUAUUCUCCGGACAUGAAGGACCCUGAAGUCCCAAGAAACUUGCGCUGCAGCUCAUGAAAGCCCACCGUGGAAAUCUUGAUAAGCUGACAGGGGUGUGGGCUGGGGGGAGGGGGGUGGGUCGGUUUACCCCACAUGGAAAAGUUAUUCCUUAUUCAACCAUGUCUGUUACAGCUAAAUGCAAAACCAAGCAAGAAAAAGUAAAAUGAACAUCACAGAUGUGAGGCGAUGUAUGGAUCUGCCUUGAAGGACUUGAAGCACAGUGUCUCCCAGAGGCCAUCCGCUUGGGGCAAAGCUGGAGGCGGGACGGGUGGUGAUGACGGCACACAGGAGGGUUUUGUAUAGAAAUACAGAAAUGUUUUAUUAAAAGUGUCAUUUGAAUUUAAAAA